GGGGGACGCUGCGCUCCCCUCCCAGCCGCGGCGGGCGGGGCCGGGGCCGGGGCCGGGGCCCCCACGUGCUGCAGCCACAGCCGGGCUGCGGGGAGCGAGCGGCGGGAUGGGCCCCGUGAACCAGCUCCUCCGCCUCACCCCACCAAUGGGCCGAAGGUAGAGGGCUAUCCACGCUGUAGACCAAGUCAUCUGUGGACGUCUGUGACUUCUUGUGUGUCCAUUUCAGAUCUCUGUAUCUGUCCAUCUCCACAACGGGACGGAUGCCAACACCACAUGGCCCCUUUGUCUCGCUCUUUGGAUGGGAGACGCUGUGCAGAAAGUUUCCUGGGAAUUGUGAGGACAUGGAGGUGGGGAACCUGACGGAGACGUUAUACCAAAGCCUGCACUCAUUGCUGAAGGCCCUGAACCAAACACUUCAUGGUGCCAUCCUGUGCCCACCAGACCAGGCCACGAGGUGGACGAAUGGCAGUCACAUCAAGCUAGCCAGCAAGGACGACUAUUCCUACACGUACAUCUUGUUCGUGAUGAUUCUGUUUGCCGCCACAGUGGGGAGUUUGAUUCUGGGCUACACCAAAUCCAGGAAGGUGGACAAGCGGAGUGAUCCCUACCACAUAUACAUUAAGGACAGGGUGUCUAUGAUCUGAGCAGGGCAGGAACCCUGCUGCAAGGACAUGCACAGCUACCGGCAUCUGCCUCCUGUAGCAAGAGAAGCCCUUUUCCCUGGUCCAGUCAAACUCUUCUCGGAGGGACCAACACACGGCUCCGUCUUGCUAAGAGACAGCCACGUGGACACAUUUAGUGCAGAGGAGCACUAGUAGGCAUGAUAUUGGACAUGGGCAGAGUGCGCCAAUCUUAGAGGCCGCAGAAUAGUCAUGUGACGGCUCUGGACGCUCUCGAGCAGGCCCAUCCUGGAUCACUCUGCACCAGUUGUGAAGUUCCCACCAACGUCGUCCUCCUCCAAAGGAGCAUCUCUGUUUACGCCAAAGGGCAUGGGGAUAGGCUGAUGGAAGAUCUUAAGUGUAUCCCAGAAUCCUUUGCUCCAAUGCAAAGGAGCAUGGGAUACACGUGAGCACUGCAAGUUCUUAUUUAUUGUGAUGUUGGACGCCAUAUGAGAUCAUAGCUAAAUAGAUGUGGAAAUUCAGGUGCAUGGUGCACGCUGCUCAAAAGUGAGUGGGCUCCUGGCUAGGGCAGAGCAUGACACAGUUCGGGGACUGGGUGGGAGCACAAGAGGAGGGCACCUCUUGUCUCCACCUAGAGUCCAGAACGUUGGUGCUGUGACCCAGCAUCAGCGUGUGAAGAUGCCCUGUCAGCAGAACAGAAAAUGAAUGGCUGGCGGAUGAGCCAAUCGGAUUGUUUAAUUUGUCCCUCCACGUCCUGUCAGCCUCUCGCUAUGCAUGUGCGGCCUGGAGUCUAAUGGGGCUCUGAAUAGGGAGGCCUCCCAAUCUCAGGGCAGCAGCUAGAGAACAAAUCUGUGGGGCUCAUCUCGAGAGGGGCUGAGCGCACCAGCUCCCACUGAUCUCUGUGCUGAGGGCCAAGAGGAUCUGUACGCCACAGGGAGUCAAGUUGUGUUCCCUGCACUGGGUAAACAGUUGUGCAUUUUAAUACAUCCAUGGCCACCUAACACACACAGUUGUUGGCUACUCAGAACUUCCUGGGGACAGCAGAGAUAUAGCUCAGUUCCUCCUAUUCCAAAAGCACAAGCUUCUACAUUUGUAGCUGAAAGAGACUUUUUAGCAAUAUAGGGCCUAUGAUAUACAGUUAUAGUAGUAGGAUUUUAUGUUUGUAUUUUGUAUAAUUUAAAAUGAAAAAUAAAGAAUAAUAAUGUACCAUGUAUUAAAUGUAUUGGUGUAUGAUUUGACCAUAUCCUGCCAGCCACCCUUUCUGAACAGCAGAAAGGAAUGGCCUAAUGGGCCAUUUGGUAAAGCUCCAUCAGCCAGAAUCUGUGUCUGGGCUGAUUUCAAGGCAGUAACAGACGUUUUAAGGUCACCACUUUGUUGUAGGUUUAGCAUUUUAAAAUAAGUAAAAGAAUGCCAUGAUUGUUUUCAUUUGCAUUGCGACUUGAUGUUCCUGUUCAAAAUGUUCUGUGUAAAUUAAUUCUGUUUUGUGUGUAAAUAAGAAAUAUGUGUGUUAAGAGAUAAGUCUGAAGGCCAUUGCUGAACCAGAUAUUCUAGGAAGGAACUAGAAGACAGAUGCAGGAGUCCCAGGAGUUUGCAACAUGCCCCUAUUGAAAUGUCAGCGGAGGGCAAAUUAACGACUCUAAAAAUGAGACAGGCACCUAUCAAUGGGGACAAAAUAGCUGUGAUCAAAACCAGCAUGGGAUAACUCCCUAAAAAAAUUAAUAAAAACAAAAUAAAAAGUAAGGAGGACAAUUUAAGAAAACAAGCACUUGUCAAACAACAAUUGAUGACAGCAUGACGGUGCAAAACCCAUUGGUCCAAUAGAGGAAAAUCACUAUAUAAACAGGGUGCCUAGCCAUGAAACUUUGGGUUCGUCCUGCCAAGACUUCCCCGGAGCAUCGUGCUGCGACUGACGGAAUCCAGCUCCUCCCUAUCCAUGAUCAAUCUAGCUGGCCACUAGAUUGAUCCAGACUCUAAACUGGUAACUAUAACAUCGACUGGCGGGACAGUGUGUUUGUGGGGGGGGGAGAUAGGGGGGAUUGAAUGCAUAUGCUAAUUGUUGUAUCUUCAAUAAACGCGGUGUAUUGCCUUUUCCUCUGAAAAAGAUCCCGUGUGCUUCUUAUAAGCAUAACAUUUUUGGUGGAGAAUUGCAAAAUGGGGAAGACAUGCACUGUGAUUGUUGAACAUACUGCUAAAUAUUGCUAAAAGGUAUACCAUACCUAUAAAGUGAUCGAUCAUUCAGGUGAGCACGCCCCCAGUUGUAGAAGUGCCGGGCUAUAGGGGGAGGAUUAGAGUCCUUGCUCCAACCCAUCUGUCAGGAAAAAACUAUACAAAUAAGAUGUAUACAAACUGUCUAGGUAUAUACACCCCAGGUCCUAGAGGUGCCAGACCAUAAGCGGAAGGAUUAGAGUCCUUGCUCCUACCCAUCUGUCGGGGAAAAAUUGCAUAGAUCAAUAUACCCUUGUCAUAGCAGGAUCGAACCCAAAAGGUACGGGCUUAGCGUUUCCCCCCCUCCUGCUCUGUCAGGCAGAGUUUUUAGUGGGUAUAGACUUUUUGUGUUUUGUAAGUCCCAGCACAAGUGUGGGCAAAUAAGGAGUAGAUUUCUGUAAAACCUCACUCGGAAAGAUACAGGAAUGUGGGAUAUUGUUGUGAUUUCAAAACUUUAAAAAAAAUGUUUAAGAAAAGGGACCAGGAGGUGUGGGGGCUAGUUGAGGAGCCCACCCUCCUUGCUAAAUUGGCAAUGGAACAAAGCCUGUGUCCAUGAAAAGGGAUAGUUCAGCAAGGAAAGCAGAAUCGGGCCCAGACAAGCAGGCAGGCAACAAAU